AAUCACAGGCCCUACAAUAUAAACCUGAACAAUCCACUUACCCUACUGGCCUACAAUACUUGCAGCUCUGCUCUCUGAAGAGAAUCCCUGAAACCCCAUUUCCGUUUCCUUUUGCAACUUGAAGAAAGUUCCCAUUUCGCCUAGCGACCCCAAUCUCCUCUCUCCGUCCGGCGAGCCUCAUCGUCUCUCGUACAGCUCCGUGGCACCACUGUGUUCAGGCACCCAACAGAGAACACAUUGUGAGACAAAAGAAAAAUGGCCUCAAAUCAGUAUUUUGAGGAGCCUGUGCCCCAAGUGGAUUCCUUUGAAGAAAAAUCAUCUUCAGAUAUGUUGAAAUGUGCUUGUGAUGAUGCUAUUGAAGAUCAUUCUGAUAGAAAUGGUCUUAGUGGCUUUGAUUGCAGCAUCUGCCUGGACCGCGUGCAAGAUCCAGUGGUUACUCUUUGUGGUCAUCUUUAUUGCUGGCCCUGCAUUUACAAAUGGCUUAAUUUUCAUAGCGUCUCAUCUGACCAUGAAGAGAAGAAGGAGCCACAAUGUCCAGUAUGCAAAUCAGAAAUUUCAGAAUCAUCCCUUGUUCCCCUAUACGGCCGUGACCAAACCGCCUUACCUUCUAAAAGCAAGGCUCAACAAGUAAGGAUUUUCACACCUCCAAGACCCCUUGGUCCUUCAUCGGUAGUUGAGUUACUAAGCUCUUUCCAACCUACUUCGCAAGCUUUUCAUCCCCAUCCUCAACAACUCAACUCAAUUUCAGAGGAUCCCUUGACGAGGCAGCAGGUUGAGGCUGAGGCGGCCAGAGCCAACACUUCACUAUAUAACGACGUUGCUGGUGGAGCAGAUGAGGAGAUCAUAGUGAGGUUGCGGGCUGCCGAAGCUGAAGCUUCACGCCUCAGAGAGACAUUGGCGUUGUCACAUCAACUUGCUGAAACUGCCUACCGGAUGGCUGAAGCUGCUGUCCAUGAGGCUCGAGCUGCCACCCAUGAGGCUCGAGCUGCAACCCAGAGGGCUGAAGCAACCAUCCAGAAGGCUGAGGCUGCCACCGAGAAGGCUGAUGCUGCCAACCAGAAGGCUGAAGCUGCCACCCGGAAGGCUGAAGCUGCAAUCCAGAGGGCUGAAGCAGCCACCCAGAAGGCUGAAACUGCCAACCAGAAGGCUGAAGCUGCCAUUGCCAACCAGAAGACUGCAGUUGUUGAGACCAAUGCUGGGGUGGAUGGGAUGGUGGCUACGGGACUUUCAGCGCAUUCAUCCACCGGUACUAGUCAAGUACCUUUGUUGUGGAUCAAGACGAUCGACCAGUGGAUGAUCAGUCCCUCCGCCCAAUUCAGCGUUGUCGCCAUAAUUAAGACAUUUUUUGUAUUUAUUUUCAUUGUGUUCUUGAAUAUAUGUUCUUGAUUUUAUAUGUUCUUGAUUUUAGUUCUUAAUUUUGAAAAGUCUCAUUCAGAUCACCA